CUGGACUGUGCUUGAGGAUUGUGGGAGAAUUCGAACAGCAGCCAUUUUCGGCUCGCGACUGUCAUUCUUCGAAUACGCUUAUCAGACUGAGAACGCAGCGGGUACCCCACGCUCCCAAAACAACUUCCCGUGGAAGGCUCGGACGAUGUCGAUCCACUUUGCGAACAGCCUUCCUGUAUUUUGAUCCCAACUCCCGUUGAAACCGACCGUCGCAAGACCAGAGAACAUUUUGACUAGGCUAAUUCGUGCCCGGAUCGAAUUCAUUAGCUAAUCAGCAAUGCUAACAUAAUUGGUAACAAUGUAUUGCUUGGAACUCGCAAGCUUUUAGACGCCAGCGACAAUCGGAUUUAAGCAAAGUGGUGUUCCGUUGGCAAUUUUUUUUUUUUUUUUUUUACAGCUAGUUCCCAAGGCUGAAUAACGCGUCACCCGGAUCUUACCCGUGGGGCAACAGCAGGGGAGAGCAGUGUGUGUGAACCCGGGUUAUCUCCACCAUGGUGUACCCACGCAGCGAGGAGGCCCUGGAGCGCCUGACCCAGGAUGAGAUAGUGCUCAACACCAAAGCUGUGAUGCAGGGCCUGGAGACCCUCCGCGGGGAGCAUGCCCAGCUCCUCACCUCCCUGCUGGACUGCACACAGCCACCUGCUGCCCAGGAGAAGUCAGGCCUGCUGCGUAAGAGCCUUGAGGCCAUCGAACUGGGCCUGGGAGAGGCACAGGUGAUCAUUGCCCUGUCGGGCCACCUGAGUGCGGUGGAGUCUGAGAAGCAGAAGCUAAGAGCCCAGGUCAGACGCCUGUGUCAGGAGAACCAGUGGUUACGAGACGAACUGGCAGGAACACAGAGCAAGCUGCAGUGUAGUGAGCAGAGUGUUGCCCAGCUGGAGGAGGAGAAGAAACACCUGGAGUUCAUGAACAAGAUCAAGAAGUUUGACGACGACGUGUCUCCGUCUGAGGAGAAGGCUGCAGGCGAGACAUCCAAAGACAGCCUCGACGACCUGUUCCCCAACGACGACGACCAGGGACAAGCCCAGCCCAGCGGAGAGGCAGCGGCCCAGCAGGGUGGCUACGAGAUCCCGGCCCGCCUGAGGACUCUUCAUAACCUGGUGAUCCAGUACGCCUCCCAGGGGAGGUACGAGGUGGCCGUGCCCCUCUGCAAACAGGCCUUGGAGGACCUGGAGAAGACCUCCGGACACGACCACCCCGACGUGGCCACCAUGCUCAACAUCCUGGCCCUCGUCUACAGGGACCAGAACAAGUACAAAGAGGCAGCCCACCUGCUGAACGAUGCCCUGGCCAUCAGAGAGAAGACUCUGGGGAAGGACCACCCUGCGGUGGCUGCCACUCUCAACAACCUGGCCGUGCUCUACGGGAAGAGGGGCAAGUACAAGGAGGCUGAGCCCCUCUGCAAGAGAGCCCUGGAGAUCAGAGAGAAGGUCCUGGGCAAGUACCACCCUGACGUGGCCAAGCAGCUGAACAACCUGGCCCUGCUGUGUCAGAACCAGGGAAAGUACGAGGAGGUGGAGUAUUACUACAGACGAGCCCUGGAGAUCUACCAGUCCAAACUAGGAGCUGAUGACCCCAACGUAGCCAAGACCAAGAACAACCUGGCUACAUGCUACCUCAAACAGGGGAAGUUCAAGGAUGCUGAGUCUCUGUACAAAGAGAUCCUGACCCGAGCCCACGAGAAGGAGUUUGGCUCAGUCAACAAUGACAACAAACCUAUCUGGAUGCAUGCGGAGGAGAGAGAGGAAAGCAAGGCGAAGAGGAAGGAUGCUGUGCCCUAUGGAGAAUAUGGGAGCUGGUACAAGGCCUGCAAAGUUGACAGCCCAACGGUCAAUACCACCCUGAAGAGCUUGGGGGCGCUGUACCGCAGACAGGGUAAACUAGAGGCAGCUGAGACGCUGGAGGAGUGUGCUACCAAGACACGCAAGCAGGGUAUAGAUGCCAUCAACCAGAGUAAGGUGGUGGAGCUCCUGAAGGAUGGGGCCCUGGAGGGGGAGCGACGUCAGAACCGGGAGGGUUUUAGUGGUCCCCAGCGGGGGGACUGUGAGGGAGAUGAUGGAGCAGAGUGGAACGGGGAGGGUAAUGGUUCAUUGCGUCGGAGCGGCUCCUUCGGAAAGAUCCGCGACGCCCUGCGCAGGAGCAGUGAGAUGCUGGUGAAGAAACUACAGGGCAGUGGCCCCCAGGAGCCCUGCAACCCAGGGAUGACGAGAGCGAGCUCUCUCAACUUCCUCAACAAGAGUGCAGAAGACCCCUCGCAGGAUGCCAACACGGGCCUUUCGGAAUGCAGAGGACUGAGCGCCAGCAACGUGGACUUGUCAAGACGCAGCUCCCUGAUUGGUUAAAGAGACAGGAGGCGGGACCAGGAGGAGGAAGGGCCAAUGAGAAGAAAUUGCUGGCUGUCCGAUGCGAUCAAAACACACUUCAGGUCCCAACACUCGCAUUCAAGACAUUUUCGGGAGAAAAAUUAUUGAGAAAAACACGACUUGACAUGGCUUUUUUGUGACAAAUCUCUGUGUCGGUCUGCUUCACUGUAUACUUCGCUGGCAUCAAACAGUAGAGAAAAUUAAUAUUUAACACGGCAUGCUGCAUACUAGAACAUGGAAUGUCUGCACUACUUAUGGUGACUGAGGCAUAGCAUCAUAACAGAAUAGCGAGUAAUUAUUAUUGCUACUUGACAAAUGUCUAUCAUAACUGCCUGGUACUUCUGGUGCAGACGCUCGACCAUAGAAAUCGGAAUAGAACUAGUUUAACUGUCUUCGAGAAGCACCACACUCCUUGAUUACUAGUGGCAUGAAUACUGCAAAUGCUAGUAACCUGUUCAAUAGAUAUCACAGUGCUGGAGCGGUAUAAAUCAUAUAGGUUUUUAAGACGAGUUACAGGAGGUAUGAACUACAGCUGUUAGAAGAUUCAGCAAGGACAAAGACUGUACACAAUAUUUUGGCGAUGAUGAAAAUAAUCGGAGUGCGUCUGUAUUUUAACAUCAAAUGGGAGAAAAACAGCACUGACCAGUUCAAGCUCA